GAGGACAGAGAGAAAAUCUCAGUCACCUUCUGGGGUAUCCGAGCCAGAAAGAAGCCAUUCACAUAUGCAGAGGAGCUCGUUUCCGCCCACUGGCUCACCACCUCACGGGAACGAUGGCCACAGAGUCCACAGCCACAGCUGCCAUCGCUGCGGAGCUAGUUCCCGCCCACAAAAUUGAAGAUGCUCCUGCUCCUUCUACCUCUUCAGAUAAAGUGGAAAGUAUGGAUGUGGAUAAUGAAGCUAAGAAGCUAUUAGGGUUGGGACAGAAACAUCUGGUGAUGGGAGAUAUUCCAGCGGCUGUCAAUGCAUUCCAGGAAGCAGCCAGUCUCUUAGGUAAGAAGUAUGGAGAAACAGCUAAUGAGUGUGGAGAAGCCUUCUUUUUCUAUGGGAAGUCACUUUUGGAACUGGCAAGAAUGGAGAAUGGUGUGUUGGGAAAUGCUUUGGAAGGUGUACGUGUGGAAGAAGAAAAAACAGAAGAUGAAUCUGUAGCAGAAAAUAAUGAUAACAUAGAUGAGGAAGCAAGGGAAGAGUUGAGAGAACAGGUUUAUGACGCCAUGGGAGAAAACGAAGCUGCAAAAAAAACAGAAAGCAAGUCUCUGGCAAAGCCUGAAACUGAUUUGGAACAGAAGCGUGAACUGGAGAAGGACGGAAGAGAAGAUAUGGAUAUAAGUGAGCCUACAGAGAAGCUAACAGUCGAAUUGACUCCACAUCAGCUGACUGAAACCUCUGAAGAGUCAAAAGGAACAGCAGGACCAGAAGGACGGGAUGAAGCUGAGGUCACGACCAGGAACCCAGAACAGAAAGCUCCAGACACAGAGGAAGGAAAACCAGUUUUUGGAACUGACAUCCAAAAAGAAGAAUGUAGUGAAAGAGGUCAGGAGGAGCAGGAAGAGUUAAUUGUGAGCACAAAGGAGAAGCCAAAAGAAAAUUCGAAAGAGCAGCCCAUUGUGACUCUGGAGAAGCAGGGAACUGCAGCGGAGAUGGAGGUCGAAGCAGAGCCUGUAGAGCUGACAGUCACGCCAAUGGAUGUGGGUGGGGAUGAGCCAGAGGGACAGGUAGCUGCCUCUGAAAAUGAGCCAAGAAAGGCUUUGCAGGAGCAACUGGUAGGGCAAGAAGAGCUUUCUUUUGAAGAGUCACUAGUAGUGACAACGGAGGCCACUGAGGCCUUAGCUCCACAGUCUGGAUCAGAAGUCUCUGAAAAGCCAGAGCAAGAAGCCACAGUUCUCCCUCAGGAAGGUCCAGUUAGUGGGCAAGCUGUAGGAGAUGAGACUCCUGUUGAAGCACAGACUUCUGCAGAAACACUGACAGAAACAAAAGGUGACUUAGGUCUAGAGGAUAAGGUCGGGGCAGAACUGGUUCCUAGCCAGGAGGAGAUUGAGCUGCCUGUAGAAGAGUCUGAGGCAGCUGGAGAUGGGGUUGAAACCAAAGUAGCCCAGAGGGCUACUGAGAAAGCACCUGAAGACAAAGUUAAGAUAGCUGCUAAUGAAGAGACCCAAGAGAGAGAAGAACAGAUGAAAGAGGGUGAAGAAACUGAAGGCUCAGAAGAAGAGGAUAAAGAAAAUGAUAAGGCUGAAGAAACACCAAAUGAAUCCAUUCUUGAAAACAAGUCUCUUCAAGAAAGUGAAGAGGAGGACAUUGGAAACCUAGAGCUUGCCUGGGAUAUGCUGGAUUUAGCAAAGAUAAUUUUUAAAAGGCAAGAAACAAAAGAAGCCCAGCUUUAUGCUGCACAGGCACAUCUUAAACUUGGAGAAGUUAGUGUUGAAUCUGAGAACUAUAUCCAGGCUGUGGAGGAGUUCCAGGCCUGCCUGGCCCUGCAGGAGCAGUACUUGGAAGCCCAUGACCGUCUCCUUGCAGAGACUCACUACCAGCUGGGCUUGGCCUAUGGAUACAACUCUCAGUAUGACGAGGCAGUGGCACAGUUUAGCAGAUCUGUUGAAGUUAUUGAAAAGAGAAUGGCUGUACUAAACGAGCAGAUGAAGGAGGCUGAAGGAUCAUCUACUGAAUAUGAGAAAGAAAUUGAGGAGUUGAAAGAACUGCUACCAGAAAUCAGAGAGAAGAUAGAAGAUGCAAAGGAGUCCCAACGUAGUGGAAAUGUAGCUGAAUUGGCACUGAAAGCUACUCUGGUGGAGAGCUCUACUUCAGGUUUCACUCCUAGUAGGGGAGGCUCUUCAGUCUCCAUGAUUGCCAGUCGAAGAACAACGGAUGGUGCUUCCUCAUCAAAUUGUGUGACUGACAUUUCCCACCUUGUCAGAAAGAAGAGGAAACCAGAGGAAGAGAGUCCCCGGAAGGAUGAUGCAAAGAAAGCCAAACAAGAGCCGGAAGUGAAUGGAGGCAGCGGGGAUGCGGUCCCCAGUGGAAAUGAAGUCUCGGGAAGCAUGGAGGAGGAGGCUGAGAAACAGGCUGACAGCCGGGCCACAGUGGAUGGGGCAGUGGAGGCUGGAGCUGCAGUUGAAACCACUGCAUGUUAAGAAAGGGAGCAGAACCUUCCUCCCCGGGGAAAGUGUUUUUGUAUAUAAUGUAUUUUUUCACUUUUGGGAUUCUUUUUGUAUAACUUCAAUAAAGAUGGUAAGCAAAGGUUGAGGCUUUGAUGGCUUUUUCUUAAAUAUUGGCUAUAUCUGUGCCUUGGGGCACUCUAGAUUUUAUAAAGUGGCCAAAAUUGUGGUUUCAUGUUUUGUCCCAGUGUAUCUAUUUCUCUGUUGGAAGUUGUAACCCCAGCUCCAGUCUUAACUGUGGAGGUGAUGAUUUGCAAGUGUGGGCUGUAGGCCCUUAUCUCCCAUCGGUGCUAUAUAUCUACUCUCAAAUACUUGACUGAACUCAGCAGUCUUGCGAACUUCAGUGGUGCCGUCUCUCUUUGGGGGCUAUGCGCACAAGACUUGGAUGAUGGACUUUGUGAACCAGGCCUUGGGUGCUACUUGUCUUCUGUUCACCUUGUCUCCACCUAAGGGCCAUUAUCCUGUCCUGGAAAGAAUUAUGAAGAAAACCUGGGGGCAGGAGAUCACUGAGGAAAAGUGUGUUUAAUUGGAGAAAUGAGCUCUCUGGGAAAGAGGCUGAGUGUGUUGGCACUUGCAUGAUUGGAAGAAUCUGUGUGUGGGGGGCACGUGCACGCACACAUACACACAUAUAUAUAAUUUUUUCUUUUUCUGUAAAGAAAGGUUGAAAUAUAUCAACACUUGGAAUUAUCUGUCUGCAAAAAUAAAGAUGCUAAUAAAAGGUUCCUAGUCUGGAA